AUCUCUCUUUUUUUUCUCACUCUCUCCCUUUCUUGUUCAUCGAUUCGAAAUCAAGGCUCACGUCCUGUCCUGGCCACCAUCUGGAUUCGCCUUCAGAUCGCACAUUCUCAUCUUGGAACAAAACAGCCUUGUCUAUUGUUAUUUUUGUCAAGAGACCCCGUGCCCUUCAAUUGCAUCGAUUGCUACUGCUUUAUUCCAAAACUUCAUCAAACAUACAGACAAAAGCCAACCAUGGAGGACACCAAUGCCAGCUGCAGUGGCCUUGAGGCACAACUGCCAUUGGAUUUGACACUCUCCAGAGCCGCAGCAGCGUUCAGGGAUGCAGAUUUCUUCGAAUCGUGUGCUCUCUUCUGGUCCGCAGGAUUGGACCAUAUCACCUCCUCAACCUCCCCCGGUACCAAGAUUGAAGAGGAAGAGGACUCAUUAACAAUCUUGAUCAGCGCAUUGGACCUGGAACAGGAGCUAGGACUCGACGUCCAGGCUGAAGAACCAAUCGAUCUCGUCUUUCCUGCGACAACAGCAACUGAAGUAAAAAAGUCGCCAGAUUCGAGCGUAUUCGUGGAUGCAGAGACUAUUUCGCCGAUUCAUAACUAUGUCCUCACGGCUCUCUGCUACCUUGCACGCCACAUCAACGUGCGGAUGGACAUCUUGCCCUCUGGUCAGGACACUCUCACGUCCUUGGGACCGCCGCAACGAUACUACAUCUCUUUAACGGAUGUUCAAAAGCAGACCUAUCAUGCCAUGCUAGCCGUCGUCCUCGCAACGGCCUCCUCUAUCGCCAAGAGA